UUUAGGACCUACGGGAGGUUUUUCCAGCUGUUCCCGAGUCCUGAGUUACAGCUGUGAUUAUCUGUUUCCUUUCAUUCCGUCUAGCUGGGUUCGUGGGGCAGAUGUGCUGCUUCUCUGAGAUCCUACAGAAACUGUUUCAUUGCUGCUGUGUCACUGCAGACUGGAGAUACAUCUGAACUCUCUCUCUCUCUCUCUCUUUCUCUCUCUCUCUGCAAGUGCACCACUGCAACACGUCUACAAAAAGAGGCGGAACCGAGACAGUCAAGUUUACAGAGUUUGUUCGGGAUUUUUCUUUUGUUUGGGCAAAUCAGUGACAGUUCUGGUAUCGUUUAGGGAAAGCUGUGUGUGUGUGUGUGUGUGUGUGUGAGAGAGAGAGAGAGAGAGACAGAGAGAGAAAUGGAUGUAAAGGUGGCGCUGUAUGUGCUCUGUGUGUACUGCGCAUGCGCGAUGUGUAACACGGGUCCCAGUGGGGAGUUGAUUAUUGAUCGAUAUUCAUUACCGACCCGCUGUGGCAGAGAGGUUCAGGUCGGUGAUUAUGUACGGUACCAUUACACCGGAUCGUUUCCGGACGGGAGGAUCUUCGACUCCAGUGAGAGUAAGGGCAUGGCAUUUGUUGGACUGGUGGGUGUGGACAGUAAGGUGAUUCCAGGCUUGGACAGAGGAGUGAUGGGGAUGUGUGUGAAUGAGAGGAGGAAGAUCAUCAUCCCCCCUCACCUUGGAUAUGGCAUCUCUGGAGCUGGUACAGUGAUUCCUUCGGAUGCGACUCUGGUGUUUGACGUCAUGUUGUUGGACGUGUGGAAUAAAGACGAUAGUGUGGACACUCGUCUGCUCUUUAAGCCAUUGUCCUGUCGCCGCUCAGUGCAGCAUGGUGAUUUUGUGCGAUAUCUGUAUAACGGCUCACUUAUUAACGGCACAAACUUCGAGUCCAGGUAUGGACAAAAUGUCACAUAUGACACAUAUGUGGAUGAAGAUCACCUGAUCGGCGGCAUGGUGAAGGGGCUAAUGGGAAUGUGUGUGGGAGAGAAACGCUCCAUCAUCAUCCCACCAUUUUUAGCCUACGGGGAGAAAGGAUAUGGUGUGAAGGUGCCGGCUCAUGCGACGGUGGUGUUUGAUGUGCUGCUCAUUGAUGUAUUUAAUGUGAAGGAUGAUGUUCAGGUGGAGGUCCUCCAUGUUCCUCAGCCCUGCAGAAGAAAAUCAAAGAAGGGAGACUUCAUACGUUAUCACUACAAUGGAACAUUCCAGGACGGAACACUGUUCGACUCCAGCUACCAGCGCAAAAGUACGUACAAUACGUUUGUGGGUGUGGGUCAUGUGAUCCCUGGAGUGGAUAAAGCCUUGCUAGGAGUGUGUGUGGGAGAGAAGAGACACAUCAUCGUUCCUCCACACCUCGCCUAUGGAGAGAAUGGAACAGGUGACCUUAUUCCCGGUUCUGCCGUGUUGAUCUUUGACAUCCACAUCAUUGACUUCCACAAUCCAAAAGACUCAGUGGAUAUUCAGAUUACCCACAAACCCCUGCAGUGUAACAACACCAGCGCCACUAAUGACCUUGUCAUCUACCACUAUAACUGCUCUCUGCUGGACGGAACCCGACUUUACUCAUCUACUGACUUGGGCAGACCUGCACAGGCAACACUGGGUCAAGCAGAGGUCAUCAAGGGGCUGGAUCAAGGGUUAAAGGACAUGUGUGUGGGGGAGAAGAGGGAGGUGAUUGUGCCUCCCCACUUCGGACAUGGACAAAAUGAAGGUUCUGUGGUUCCAGCAGAUGCCGUGUUAAUUUUUGAACUGGAGUUGUUGGAUUUGCGAAAAGGCGUUCCUCAGGGUUUCCUGUUUAUCUGGCUGGAGGAGAUUCCUGAUCCUUUGUUCAGCUCCAUGGACCUUAACCAGGAUGGAGAAGUUCCACUGGAGGAGUUCACAGCAUUCAUCAGGCUGCAGGUGUCAAUGAGCAAAGGUCGUCUCCACCCUGCAAUGGAAGCUGAUGUAAUCAUCAGAGAGAUGUUCACCAGCCAGGAUCAGAACGCUGAUGGGAGAAUCACAGAAGAUGAGCUGAAACUUCAGACGGACAAGACGACAGGACAUGAUGAGCUCUGAGAAAGAAACAUGCGUGAUGUCAUCAGUGAAAGCCUGUGUGAUGCCAUCAGUGACCUGCACAGGUGAAUUAGGAAGUGCUGGGGAACUCUUCACCUGUUCAUCAGGAGCAUCAGGAUAAAGAGCCCUGACUAUCAAAACACACACACAUUGUCCUGUUCUGUUCAGAAUAAAUGUACAUAAAUAUGACUGUAUAAACCACUCAUCUUAGUACAAA